UUGCAAACUUCAGCGUCAUACACUGGUGCAAAUUUGCACCCACGAAAAUUUCAAAAACUUCAAAAUUCCUUUCUUCAAUUUGCCCAUUUUUCUAUAAUAAAAUUUGAUUUUUCAAUUUUAUUUAACGAUUGUAAUCGAUCACUGAGGAAUCGUUACCCCUAAAAAAUCUCGUUGUAAGAUUAAUUCCAUGUAUUCAUGGACGAAAUAAAAACGUUUUGAAAUGUCCAAGUGCAAAUUUGCACCAGCGUGGCGAAUGUGCGACUUCAAAGGAAUAGUUGUGUCUACGGGUUAAUAAAAAUAAAUCGAUCCUAAAUGAUAAAUAAACGGUAAGAAAUUGAAUGUUUUUACUCGCUUCUUUCUUUGUAGUCACGUGAACUUCUCUACGGUCAUAUUUGUUAGCAAUUAAAUUAUGAUUCAAUCGCAAAUGCUAUGACUUUUUAUUCACUACCCAGAAUGAGCGAUGGCGUCGUGAAUUUCGACAAUAAAUAUUCCCCUGAAAAAUAAUCGAUUACGAAAAUAGUUUGAUUAAUCAUCACUAAUUCAUUUUCCUCACGGAUUGUUAACAACGACGAGUGAGACGAGAUUUCUCUUCCGGGUCAAGAAACUUGGGAUCAAGAGAAAGAAAAGUUGCAACGUGGAUAUUCGUGUACGAAUAAAUAAUACGAAAAAACGAUUUUUCUUUAACGUUUCUCUGGUAAUUAAGCCGAGUUUUUGGAGAAGAAAAAAAUAAUUGAUUCCAUACGGAAAUAUUGACGGCACGUAAUUCAAGAAAUUUCUCAACAGUUCCACCCCGUCGUUGAGGAUGAAAAUAGAUGAACCAAAAUAGUCCGUAUACUUUGGUGCAGCACCGGUAAUUCCGGCACAUCGGUCUAGUCGUUCGACCAACUUUCGUCGUCACGUUUUUCCUAUUCAACGUUUCUAGUUUUAUAUUCCUGAAAUAUUUAACUUGCAUUAUUGAUUUUGGCGAUACGACAAACAUUGUGAGCCUCCUCGAGCAGCAUGUUGGGCGAAGAUUCAGAAACAUCGAUCGCCGAUUACUUCCGAGCUAACUUACUCGAAGUGCGGAACGCGGUCAGUGCCGCAGAUUUUAAAAAAUUCUCUGCUCUCACGACGAACGCCGAAAGAAUAAAUUUCAUUCUCAAUUAUCCGGAAGCUCAUAAUUUACCACUGGAAGUUGAGAACGCUGCGAAAAAAAAUCUCAACAAAGCUCUCAGGACCAAGGAAACCGGUAAUCAAUAUUACGCUGUCGGGGAUUACAAGCGUGCGUUAGAAAAUUAUUCAAAUGCCAUCCUCAUUGCACCGCGCAAAGAACUGGGUAUUUUUCUGGCGAACCGUUCAGCAGUGUUGCACCACAUCGGACAACACGAUCUCGCUCUGUCCGACAUCGAGGAAUGUAUAAAAGUUGGUUACCCGAAGGAUUUGAUGUACAAAGUGGAGGAAAGACGAGCAAAAUGUUGGCUGGCAUUGGAGAAUCAUUCCCAGGCAAUAGAUUCGUUCAGAAAGACUUUGUCAGUGUUGGACGACGCGAAACUUACGGCAGAACGUAAAAAAAAACUGGAGUCUGACGUCAGAAUAAUGCUGGCACUCAUGGAAAAGGGGAACCAAUUUUCGAGCAAGAAAAAUGCGAAAAAACACCAGCAACGAAUGAUGGAGUUGAAGAAAAAUGCACAGAACAAUGACUCGAAAAAAGCAGCACCACGAAUUCGGGAAACCAAUCCGCUGUACCCCUCGUGCAGCAAAUCCGUCGAUAUUCGACACGGUGACAGCUCCGUUGGAAGAUACGCAGUCGCCACGAAAGACAUAAGUCCUGGAGAAAUAUUGGUCGUGGAAAAACCUCACAGUGCUGUGCUCCUCGCCGAAUACAGGCGAACACAUUGUCAAAAAUGUUUCACGAGGGUCCUGGCCCCGUAUCCUGGGUCAUGUGAUGCCUGUGAUUUGGUAGUCUACUGUAGCGUACGUUGCAGAGACUCGCAUGCAAAAGUACACGAAAACGAAUGCAAGAUUUUGGCAUCCCUUUGGCUGUCACAAGCUUCGAUCACCUGUUUGAUAGCCCUUAGAGCGAUAAUUCAAACCCCAUUCUCAAAACUCUAUCAAAUGAAGGAAGACAUCGUUAAUGGGAAUUAUGAGAUUUCGGAAAAACGUCCAUACGACCCGAAGAACUUCAUGGCCCUUUAUGGACUGGUGACCCAUGAAAGCGAGAGAAUAGCAAACGAUUUAUUCCACAGAGCUUACAUAGCUGCUUGGUUAUUAAGAGUCUUGAAAAUGAGCAAAUAUUUUCCUGACGAUGUCAAAACUCCGGAUGUCGGAGGGCAGGAUUUAUCUACGGAAGAAAAAUUCAUCGGCCAUCUUUUAAUGCACAACCUUCAACUUCUCGCCUUCAAUGCUCACGAGAUUUCAGAGCUCACGAAAAAAAGAGGCGAAACGACGCUCGCAGGAUCGAGCAGUUUGUUCAUCGGUGGUGGGAUUUACCCAACUGUUUCACUUUUCAAUCACUCUUGCAACCCCGGAGUGAUAAGGUACUUUAUUGGAACGACGAUGAUCGUUCGAGCUGCUCGAACAAUCACUGCUGGCAGCGAAAUUUGCGAGAAUUAUGGUCCCAUAUUCACGACCAUGGAAGAAAACGAUCGAAGGCGACAUCUCAGGGUUCGUUACUGGUUCGAUUGUGCUUGCGAAGCUUGCACAGGACAUUGGCCACUUUUGGAGGACAUUGACCCUCGUAUUUUAAGGUUCAAGUGCGACACUGGUCCGCGAUGUGGAAACAUAUUGCCGGUGAACACGGACUCGAACGAUUUUAUGAUUCCUUGUAAAAAAUGUGGCAAAUCGACGAACCUCUUCAAAGGUCUAAAAGCUCUGCAGGACACUGACGCCCUCUUCAAAGUGGCAUCGAGACAUCUCGAGGAAGACAAGUGUGACCAAGCUCUUAAAACUUAUUUGGAAAUGUUGAAACUACUCGACGAGACUCUCGCUCUUCCCAUACGAGAUUAUCACUUGUGUCAACAGGGAGUUCGUUUAUGUAUGCUCACACUCGGUAAUACAUCCAUAGUCUAAACAAGUUGCCCUACGUUCAUGUAACUUUGUUAUUCAUCCGGAAAAAAUAAAUUCGGAGGCAUGAAUGUUAUGCAAAAACUGA